UGUAAAGGAUGGCUAAUGUCUCAUUGUGCUCAUAUCUGCUCAUAUCUGCUUUUUUGCACAGAGGAGGAGGAGCAGGAGGUGGAGCAGGAGGAGGAGGAGGAGGAAGCUCCCAACAGCACAGCUAGCGGUGUGGCCAUGGAACAGGGAGAGGAAGAAGAUGCAAAACCAAAGCCAAAAUCUUUUCUGCCACCCAUGGUCCCUCCCAAAAUACCUGAUGGGGAGAAAGUUGACUUUGAUGAUAUCCACCGUAAGCGCAUGGAGAAGGACCUGACAGAGCUACAGUCCCUAAUUGAGGCACACUUCGAGAGCCGCAAAAAAGAGGAGGAGGAAUUAAUUUCCCUAUCCAAUAGAAUGGAAAAACGACGGACAGAAAGAGCAGAGCAGCAGAGAAUCCGAGCAGAAAAAGAGAGAGAACGUCAGAACAGGCUGGCGGAAGAAAAGGCACGGAAAGAGGAGGAGGAGGCAAAGAAAAAAGCUGAAGAAGAUGCCAAGAAAAAGAAGGUUCUGACAGGUUUACAGUUCACCGGGUACAUGCAGAAGACAGACAGGCGGGGAGCACCGAGGAAACAAACGGAGAGAGAGAAGAAGAGAAAGAUUCUUAGUGAACGGCGUAAAGAGCUCAAUGUUGAAGACCUGAAUGCUGAGAAGCUCAGAGAGAAAGCCAACGAACUUUGGAAGUGGAUGUACCAACUCGAGGCAGAGAAAUUUGAACUGCAGUACAAAUAUAUACGUCAGAAAUAUGAGGUCACUGUUCUGAGAAACAGGAUCAGUGACCACCAGAUAACUACCAAAGGGCCCAGGAGCAAGAGAGGUUUGAGAAAAUAGAAGGCCAUCACCAGCGGAAGGUUUUAACGUGUCAACGUUACAACGUAACGUGUCAAGAACAUCACUAGUGUGACAAAUGUGACCAUAUUCACAUUAUUAUCUACACAUCCAUAACCUCAGUUGCACAUUGUAAACCAAUAAAUCAUGAUUAAAG